GGAGUCCGGACGGGUCCAAGCAAGUCAGAAAGCUGUCAUUCAACCGUUGGAGUGUAGACAGUCUAAUCCAGCCGCUGUUUGACUAUCCCAAACCUGUCAUUUUCGAAACCUCCAACUCCCCAUUCCCAAAUAACUCGCCCGCCAUCACGGACCGGAGCUCCGGAGCUCACCCCGCCGUACUCUCUCUCUCUCUCUCUCACCAGUCACCAUUACACGAAACCCUAACCGUCACGUGUUCCGGAAAUACCUCCGUCCAGUUACCUAUCAUCGUUGUCUGUUCCUCCGCUACACUCCCAAUCACACCUGCUUCCAGAAAUCCUGUCCGUCCAUUUCAGCCGCACAUUGUUGUGUGCAAAACUGCUUUUUAUAGAAGGCCUUGAGUAGAUACCAAUUUUUCUAUAUCUGUAUCUGUUGGUAUAUGCAUUUAUAGGGUUGGUGGUGACAAGGAUGGGGGCGAUGACGUCGUCGGUGGCGGCACGGUUUGCGUUUUUUCCGCCGAAUCCGCCGUCUUAUGAGGUGGUUUUGGAAGGAUCCGCCGCGAAAUUGAAGAUGACGGAGGUGGAGGAGAGGGAGAACGUGGAUGUGCUGAAGCUGGCUACCAAGAGAGGGACGGAAAUUGUGGCGGUUUACGUCAGGAAUCCGGCGGCGAAGCUAACUCUGCUAUACUCCCACGGCAACGCUGCUGAUCUGGGUCAGAUGUACGAGCUGUUCUGUGAAUUAAGUCGUCAUCUCCGCGUCAAUCUGAUGGGGUAUGAUUAUUCAGGGUAUGGACAGUCCUCCGGCAAGCCAAGUGAGGAGAACACUUAUGCUGACAUAGAAGCUGCAUAUAGAUGUCUUGAAGAGACAUAUGGUGUGAAAGAAGAAGAUAUAAUAUUAUAUGGUCAGUCUGUUGGCAGUGGACCAACUAUAGAAUUGGCGUCUCGCUCACCAAGGUUAAGGGCUGUUGUUUUGCACAGUCCAAUAAUGUCUGGGCUGAGAGUAAUGUAUCAUGUGAAGCGGACAUAUUGGUUUGACAUAUAUAAGAAUAUUGACAAGAUACCUUUAGUUGAAUGCCCUGUUCUAAUUAUACAUGGAACUGCUGAUGAUGUUGUGGACUGCUCCCAUGGAAAGCAGCUUUGGGAACUUUGUAAACAGAAAUAUGAACCACUAUGGGUUAAGGGUGGUAAUCACUGUGAUUUGGAGCUCUACCCUGAAUACAUUAAACAUCUAAAGAAAUUUGUCUCAGCUAUGGAGAAAUCAUCACAUUUAAAAGAUGUAUUAGUACCAUGUAUUGAAAUUAUAGACAAUCCUCGAAACAGCACUGAUUGUAGACCCGGGCAAAGCAGUGGUCAGGCAACGAAUUCUAGGCCAAGUACAGAGAGGAGGGAGAAGCCUAAAAGAAGCAUAGAUUGCAGAGAAAAAUCAAGAGCUAGUGUUGAUAGGAGAGAUAAAACACGCAAGAGUGUAGAUCAUGCGGAAAAGACAAGUAACAACACAGAACCAUCAGAGAAAGCAAGGAACAGCAUAGACCGCUUCGGUGGAAUGAUGAGAUCAGCUGUAUUGUGCCAUAUUGACUGCUUCAAACCGGUGGGAGCGAAGGUCUCAGGAUAGAGGAAAAGUAGACAUCCAUGUUAUAAAAUCAGUUUGUCUAUGAGGAAACUGCAACAUAUCCCUGAUGUGUAUUCUUACCUGUUUAUGCUCGUCUUGGUUGGUAUGAAAACAUGGCCUGCUCGAAACUGGUCACAGGAUUUUACCUGGUUUUUCGCCCCCAUAAAAGCCGCCUCCCAAAGGGGAGCAGGAUGUGCGCAAUGCUCAAGUUGCCUGAAGCUGGUUGAAGAUGUUAUGAAUUUUGAAAUUGUUCAUCGCAUUGUAUUCUGCAUUUGAAUUGGUUCGUCGUCCUCGUGUACCCUUUGUGUUGAAUCACUGGAAUUUCAGCAUAUGAACAUUGAUUGUUAAUUAUGUGGAUUACACGUUUCACUUAUUACUACUACUAUUAUUAUUA